AUGGGCUACGCAGCAAAGCCUAUCGACAUAGACACCGACCAUUCUGGGUUAAACAAGUUCAGCAAUCAUGAAGACCCUGGGUACCGUGCAAUCAAAAAGGCCAUAGAGGAGCUCAGAGAACCGUCUCUCAUCGAGCAAGCUGAUGCCUACAUACGCAAAGAGCACUGUACCGAGGAGAAGCUCGAGAUUGAGCGGCUUUCCGGGGAUCCUUUGCGAAUGGACCAAUGCUAUAUCAAUCUUGCGCUUGUGGAGCUGCAACGGGCAGACAGCUCGGAGCGCAGAUCUGAAGAGCCAGCGCUACAGUCUUCACCAUUCUCCCUGUCUGAUCGGCUGAAAAUUGGAACUCCGCACAAGGACCUCCAGGUAGAGCUAGCGAAGCUCUUCGCGUCGCGCAAACUGCCCGACGGCCGCACGAAAGAGCCGAGAAGAAUACUGAUUCGAGGCCGUGCUGGAGUUGGGAAGACCACCCUAUGCAAGAAGAUUGUCCACAGCUACAUCCACGAAAGCAUGUGGCGAGGCUUGUUUCGUCGCGUGGUCUGGAUACGACUGCGGGAACUAAAGGGUUUGUCUGACAGGGAAUAUAACCUUGGUGGAAUAUUCGAGCAUGUCUUCUUUCGGCAACACGCAGGCGACGAUUGUCUCCACACUGAGUUGUCGAAGCAUUUGGAGAGCACGAAUUCACAGGACACCCUCUUUCUUCUAGACGGUCUGGACGAGGUCACUGAACUUGUCAUGGAGCAUAAACACGGAAAGCCUCAUUCGGGGCACAAGUUCCUCAUAGGACUGUUGAACAGACCCAACGUCAUCAUCACGACUCGGCCGCAUACCACACUCCCCUCUCAAUUUCAACGGCCUGAUCUCGAGCUGGACACCAUCGGUUUCUACCCAGACCAAGUACAGAAAUAUAUCGAAACAGUCAUGAAGAAAAAUCCCACGAAUGCUAAGGCUAUCCAGUCGUACCUUCAGAAGAAUCGCUUUAUGCAGAGCCUCGUCCGAAUUCCGAUUCAGCUGGACGCACUCUGCUACACAUGGAACCCCACCUCCAAGGCUAUCCGGGAGACAAUGACUGCCGUCUACGAAGACAUCACACAACAGCUGUGGAGCAAGGACAUCGAGCGACUCGAAAAGUCAUCAAUGGUCGGACUUAGGAAUCCGGCGGAAACAAAGAAUGCCGUCUUAGGCGAAAUCGGGAUUCUUGAAUACAUGGCCUUCAGUGGGAUAUGCAGCAACAUCAUCGAGUUCCAGCCGGUUCAUCGUAAUGCUCUAUACCAGCAUGUCAAGCAGCAUAACCCUAAGUGGACUCUCGAUGAGACAUUUGGACGUCUAUCAUUCCUACGAACAUCCGAUCCCUCGGCACAACAUUCUCACCAGAGUUUCCACUUCAUACAUCUCACUUUCCACGAGUUCUUUGCAGCGAAAUAUUUUGUACAAAGAUGGAAGGAUGGCAACAACCUCAAAUACAUAGACUUCAGCCUCAGGGACACUGGACAUUCAAAGGACAUUUCUCCUAUCACUUUCCUUCAACAACACAAGUAUAGCGCACGUUACGACAUCUUCUGGCGCUUCGUUGCUGGACUGUUGGAUAACGAAGGGAAAGACGAGUCAACUCGCUUCUUCGAGGCAAUUGAGCGAAAGCCGGUCGACCUCCUGGGGCCCACGCACCAGCGGCUGGUCAUGCAUUGCUUGAGCGAGGCUGUUUCCUUGCCAGCCGGGAUUCGGUCGAAUAGGGAGAAACGACUGAAGGAAUGGGUUCUAUUCGAAAUCGACUUCAAAAAAUCAUCAACCUUCACGAGUGAAUCAGAGCUUCCAGACGAAGUUCUGCAAGGUGCCUUAUCCGCUUCUCGAAACAAACGCGCCAUUUUAGACAGUCUGCAAUACUCUGGGAGAUAUAUGUCAGAGACAACCAUGACUGCCCUUGUGGAACUCUUCAAGGACGAGGACGGCUACGUACGAUAUUCCGCCGCUUCAGCUCUAGGCAAGCAGUCGACCCUUUCAGAGACGACGAUGACUGCUCUUGUGGAACUCCUGAAGGACAAGGACCGCUACGUACGAACAUCUGCCGCUAGAGCUCUAAGCAAGCAGUCGACCCUUUCAGAGAAGACGAUAACUGCUCUUAUGGAACUCUUCAAGGACGAGCACAGCCACGUACGAGAGUCCGCCGCUGAAGCACUAGGCAACCAGUCGACCGUUUCAGAGAAGACGAUAACUGCUCUUAUGGAACUCUUCAAGGACGAGCACAGCCACGUACGAGAGUCCGCCGCUGAAGCACUAGGCAACCAGUCGACCCUUUCAGAGACGACGAUGACUGCUCUUGUGGAACUCCUGAAGGACAAGGACCGCUACGUACGAACAUCUGCCGCUAGAGCUCUAGGCAAGCAGUCGACCGUUUCAGAGAAGACGAUAACUGCUCUUAUGGAACUCUUCAAGGACGAGCACAGCCACGUACGAGAGUCCGCCGCCAAAGCACUAGGCAACCAGUCGACCCUUUCAGAGACGACGAUGACUGCUCUUAUGGAACUCUUCAAGGAUGAGGACGGCUACGUACGAUAUUCCGCCGCUUCAGCUCUAGGCAAGCAGUCGACCCUUUCAGAGACAACGAUGACUGCCCUUGUGGAACUCUUCAAGGACGAGUGCAGCGGCGUACGAGAGUCCGCCGCCAAAGCUCUAGGCAACCAGUCGAACCUUUUAGAGACGACGACGACUGCUCUUGUGGAACUCUUGAAGGACGAGGACAGCGAAGUACAAGAGUCCGCCGCUGAAGCUCUAGGCAACCAGUCGACCCUUUCAGAGACGACGACGACUGCCCUUGUGGAACUCUUGAAGGACGAGGACAGCGACGUAAGAAGGUCCACCGCUGAAGCUCUAGGCACCCAAUCCAACUUGAUGGACAAGGUCCUGGACGCCUUAGGCCUAGCGACACCCAAGCUUCUGUUUUUUGCUAUCCUCAACAUAUAG